AUGACAAAUGUACACAAUAGCACAAUAGUACCGUUUCAAGGUCUCGUUGGACUGAUCGUAGACAGCAGCCCUGGAGCAAGGUUUAUAAAAAUUAUCAGAAUGAGUACUUUAAUUAUGAUAAUACGAUUGUUGAUUUGUUCGGUGAUAUUCGUACCACCAUAUUGCAGAGGGUUCAAAGAUGGCCAUAUUCUUGAUUUUUAUGAGCAAGGUUUGGUAAUUAAUUCAAAAAAUUGGUACCUAAAACUAAAUGUUUCCGAAGUAAACGAAGAAAUUCAAAAAGUUACUGAAAGAAUUGAAAACAGGUAUCGUUUAGAGGAUAUCAUAUCGAAUAUUAGUCAUAUUGAAAUUCGAAGUCCAGCUCAUGGACAACUAAUUGAUUCUAUGCCUUCCAAAGACGGAAAUUCAGCAUCUCGAUUUGCUGAGAUUAUAGUAGAUGUUACACGCAGUUUGAAGAAUACAUAUUGUCUAAAGUACGGGUUAAGUGAUAUACAAUGUGCCAAAGAUUUAACGAAAGUGAAUCUGACUGGGACAACUUUGGGUGAGAUGUGUAUGUCCGAGUAUUAUAACAAUAUUCCGUGCAAGGGCCAGAACUUUGAUUAUCACAGUGCUGAUGGAUCUUGCAACAACCUGAAACGUAAAAAUUUGGGAAAAGCAAACACGCCUUAUAAACGUUUGCUGUUUCCAGUUUACACGGAUGGUGUUUCCGAAAUGCCAAAUAUUUACGAACAAAGGCUGCCCAAUCCUAGAUUGCUGAGCACGAACCUUGUGAAAUACGGGAACUCGACAGACCCUAUAAAAUCGAUGAUGAUGCCGUACUGGGCGAUUUUCAUAGGCCACGAUCUAUCACACACGGCAUUUUCCACCAUGGGGAAAGAGAACAAAUUUGUGAACUGUUGUCAUAAAGACAAAAGUAUUCAAUAUACUAUGAACAAAAACGUAAGGUCCUGCAAGCCAAUACCGAUACCGUAUGAUGACAAAUUUUUUAAGCCGGAACCUCAUGAUUGUAUGAACUACGUGCGUUCGCGGCCAGCUGUGCGUUCUGAUUGUACAUUUGGACCCAUGGAACAAAUGAACCAAGCGACCCAUUUUUUGGACGCAUCGAUGGUAUACGGUACGACGGAAUCGCGGACUUUGUCGUUGAGGGAUAUGUCGUCGGGCCGGUUUAUAGUAAAAGAACCAGGGAUGCCUGUUACCAGGCACUUACCGUAUGAAUACCAUGACGAGUACGCGUAUCAGAACGGCACCGGCACGUGCUAUUUGGCUGGAGACAUCCGAGCAAAUUCGUAUCCACCGCUGAUGGCCUUGCACACGCUGUGGACGCUUCAGCACAACAAGUUUGUCGAUGAACUGCGCAAUGAAAAACCCGACUGGACCGACGAACAACUUUUCCGCGAGGGCAGGAAAAUCGUGACGGCGUGCAUACAGCACAUCACGUACAACGAAUGGCUGCCGGCGCUGCUCGGCGUUAACUACACCGAGGAGAACGGGUUGGGACUGGAACAGAGAACCGUUUACGACGAAACUGCCGACCCGACGGUCAGCAACAGCUUCGCGACCGCGAUAUUGCCGUUCGCCAAUUCCAUGAUCCGCGAAGAAAUUAAUAAAGACGACGAAUCCAAUGAAGAUUUCAAAAUGUUGUCGCUAAAGAAAUAUUACAACCAACCGCUAAAAAUGCAUUUAGAGAUGGGUUAUCUUUUGACGGGAAUAACUAGGCAGAAUACACAAAAAGUCGAUAUGUUUUACGCAGAAACGAUUACAAAUUACCUAUAUAGUAUUAGUAAAAAUACUUCAUUUGGAAUGGACAUUCUCAGCUUGGAUAUACAACGAAGCCGCGAUCACGGUAUUCCAAGCUACACUCAAUUUAGAAAAUAUUGUGGACUAAAAGGCAUAGAAAAUGUGCAAGAUUUGUCUGAGAUCAUGAAGGAAGGUUCAGCUGAUAUAUUAUUGAAACAAUACAAAACUUGGAACGAUAUAGAUUUAUUGGUUGGUGUAUUGUUGGAAAAACACGCUGAUGACGCAAUGGUUGGCCCUACGAUGAGGUGUAUCAUCAAAGAACAGUUUGUAAGAACUAGAAUUGCAGAUAGACACUUUUAUGACUUACCAGGAGUAUUCUCUGAAUAUCAAUUGGAUCUAAUCAAACAAUUGACGCUUGCCAGAGUUAUAUGUGAUGUCAACUAUUAUGGAGAGAUGCAACGAAAUGCAUUUUUGAAACCGUCUGCAAAUGAACCAAUUCUUGAUUGUCUUAAUCUAUCUAUUCCUAAAAUGAGCUUGAGUAAUUGGUUCGAUACAUUUCAGUAUUCGGAUGACAUAUCUCAGUCUUAUUAA